AUGCUGCAAUUAUGGUUGCUUGGAUUAACUAUGUUACAAAUAGCCUCGGUGAUAGACACUUCAUCGCUAGCACAUACGGUUUUCUUGCCAUCAGACAAAUCGUCGAAUCCAUUUAGCGAUCGAUUUAUACAAAGAAUAGUGACAAUGGAUCGCAAGCUACUGUAUACGAUUCCACCCAUGAGUGAUGAUCAGUUUCUCUUGGAACUAGCACAAGAUAUAGACACCUCUUUCGAAGGUCCUCUACUCCGUUUGAACGAUGAUGAUGAUUUUGAUGACUCGAUAUUUGAUGAUAAAUUGGAUGAUCAACUAGCUAUGCAGGAUAAAAUCGACGGUGAAUGGGAACAUCUAAUGACGGCUGGGCCAUUAGUGGUCAACUAUAUUUCCAAUCUUCUUGUGUUGGCUAGUAAAAGAGAUUUUCCCUUAUCGCGACCACCAGUCUUCUCUUUUCAACACAUCAAAGAUCCGGAUUCUUUUCGAGCAACUCUAUCCCAAGUGGUCGGUGCUAUGUAUUCGGCAUUAAUAGGCGCUCAUACGGCCAUGGAUCGUAUUCAACUCAAUGUGCAACAAGUUCCUGGCCACGUAAAAACAGCUCUCAAAUUGGUGAUUGCUGGUUCACCAUUGCUCAUCCAACUCAUGCUACAGAAAACACUGGAAACUAUCAGUCGGAUCGCUACAGAAAGUGCUGGACAUGCUCAAGCAACUUUCAAUAAAUUCGUGGCUUUGCAAGACCUUGUUGCCGAAAUCAUCGAAGCGAAUGUAAACACCCAAUCGACUCAGUCGAAUGUUGUCGCACAAAUUCAAGCACAAAUCAAUGCAACUAAACAAGAACAGCUUCAACUCAACGCCAGUAUUAAUAGUAUCACUGCUCAGUAUGAAGAUGCUCGAAAAGAGGUGGAGAAAGCUCGAAAAGAAUAUCAGGAAGCUUAUAAUGCCAUUCCAAUGUUGCGUGGUUGGUUCAAGAGAAUUUUUCGUAAAAUUAUCAAUUUUGUAGUCAAAGUUAUCACUGCUCCAUUGCGCAUCCUUGGCUGUAUCCUGGGUAUGUGCUAUACAAAUCAGGACGCGUUGAAUGCAGCUGCAGAGACAGCCAAACAGAAUGCUAAAGCAAAGGCUGAACAGCUUUUAAAAGUUUUGCAAGAAGCAGAAAAACGUCAGCAAGAAUUUGCGCAGCAACAAAUUGCCGAACAACAGAAAUUAGCAACAAUUAUAAAUCGAAUUGCUGCAUUGGAUUU